AUGGCUUCAUCUUCCUCCCCUGCUCCAUCUUCUCAAUAUCCAAAGCCACAUGAUAUUUUUGUAAGUUUUAGAGGUGAGGACACCCGCGGAUGUUUCACUAGCCAUCUUUGCGAUGCUCUUCGCAGAAGUAAAAUAGAAACAUUCGUCGACGACGGAAUUGAGAAAGGAGAUGAGGUAUGGCCAUCUCUUGAGAAAGCCAUUGAAGAUUCAACUCUGUGCCUUGUGAUCUUCUCAGAAAACUAUGCAUCUUCCACAUGGUGCUUGAAGGAGCUUACUAAAAUAUUGGAGUGCUCCAAAAAUCAAGGUCACCUUGUUGUGCCGGUGUUCUAUAAAGUAGAUCCUUCGCAUGUGAGGAAGCAAUCUGAGAGUUAUCAGAAAGCAUUUGAAGAACUUGAGGGCAAAGGCAUCAGCAAGCGACUACUGCAUCAGUGGAGGAAGGCUCUCGCUGAAGCUGCUGGUAUAUCUGGUUUCCCCAUCACCAAUAGAGUUAACGAAGCAGACAAAAUUAAAGAAAUAGUGGAAAGCGUUAAAGAAAGGUUGCACAAGCGGUAUCCAAGUGAAUAUAAUAGAGAAGACUUGAUUGGAAUUGAAGAGAGAAUGAAACAUGUAGAAUCAUUGUUGGACAAGGGGUCGAAGGAUAUCCGGAUUAUUUGCAUUUGGGGGAUGGGCGGUUUGGGCAAAACAACUCUUGCAGAAGCAUUGUAUAAGAAGUGGCAUUUUGAAUACGAAGGGUCAGUCUUUGUGGAAAAAGUGGGAGAAAAAUCAAAGAAAGAUGGAAUAGAUGCUUUAAGGAAGGAGCUUAUUUGGAGUUUAUUAGGGGAUAAAGCAAUAUAUUCUCAUACAAUGACUAGGCUUAGUCGGAAAAAGGUUUUCAUUGUGCUUGAUGAUGUUGAUGAUAUUGAACAAUUAGAAAAUUUAGUUGGAAGAUGUGAAUUUGGAUCAGGUAGCAAAGUCUUAAUAACAACCAGAGAUAAACAAGUGCUUCGUAAGAAAGUGGAUGACAUAUAUGUGCUUCAUGGUUUGGAUCCUGAUGAAGCUUUUCAACUUUUCUCCUUGAAUGCCUUCAAAAAAGGCUACAGUGAUCCAAAGAUAAGAGGGCUAGCAGAACAAGUGACUGAAUAUGCAGGUGGAAAUCCAUUGGCCCUAAAGGGAAGUAUUGAAGGCAUGAUUAUGGACCUUUCGGAAGUUGAAGAGACGGGCGUUAUUAUUAAAGCAUUUCGUUCAAUGCCCAAUCUAAAGUUUCUUAGGGUUUAUGGAAAUUUAAAUGUUCAGCUUAGGAACAAGUUAAAUGCUUCUGGCAUGAUGUUUUUGUCAAAAAACCUCAUGCUAUUGGAUUGGGUGGGAUGCCCUUUAAAGACCUUGCCGACAACAUUCAAGGGUGAAAAUCUUAUUGAAAUAAACAUGCCCUUCAGCAAAUUGACAAAACUUUGGGAUGGAGAGCAGAAUGUUCAUCCAUCUAUUUUAUCUCUCCAUAGCCUUUCUUGUUUAGAGCUAACAGGUUGCACAACCCUUGCCAGCCUCACAAGCAACACCCAUCUCAAAUCACUGUGUAUGCUCAACUUGACAGGAUGCUCAGGACUAAGUGAAUUUUCGGUGACCUCAGAAAAACAUUUGUUUGUCUUGGUGCUUCGUGACGCAACCAUCAAUGGUGAGUUGUGCUCAUCAAGCGGACAUGUCAGCAAAAUUGAUGUUUUGGACCUAGGAAGAUGCGAAGGUGUGACAAGUCUUCACAAAUUGGUUGACAUGCGCACGCUUCGACGCCUUCAUGCUGAUUAUUGUAAUAAGUUAGCAUCAAAUCUGUGUUCCAAAUUUGAUGAGAUGCGUGCUUUGCAAUUUCUACGGCUUACUAAUUGUAGUGAAUUAUAUGAAGUUCCUGACAACAUCAGCUUGUUGGCGUCAUUAAGUCUGUUAGAUCUCUCAGGGAGUAAUAUAGAGACCUUGCCUUUAAGCAUCAAACAUCUUUCAAGCCUAGAAAGUCUCACCUUAAAUGGAUGCAAAAGGCUUCUGUCUCUACCACAACUCCCUCCCUCUAUCUCACUACUGUACGUCAAUGACUGCCUGUCCCUUGAGACUUUACAUUUACCUUUAAUGAGUGAAGAUAGAGAAGGAGAUCAAUUUUCUCAUGAAAGAUUCAGUUUCAGAAAUUGCAUGAAGUUGGAUGGGCAGUCAAUCAAAGCUGUUGAGGCCAGAGUGCUACUUGCCAUAAAUAACAACAAAGCCAUUUAUUUCUGGGCUAACAUGGAAUAUCCGGGAAGAAGAGUUGCAGAGUGGGUCAUGUAUAGGACUACACAGUCUUUCCUGACUGUGGAUCUCAGUUCGAUUCCACAACCUUGGGAUGGCGCUUUCAUUUUUUGCGCCGUCAUUUCUGGAUCAUCGCGGUGGACAAAUAUUACAGCCGAAUUGUUUAUUGAUGGUCAACAUGCUUCCACGUUUGAGCACUGCUCUGUCGGUGAGUCCCUGUUAUCAGAUCAUGUUGUUCUUUGGUACGCUCAAAGGCAGUGUCGAGAAGUACAAAGGAAAAUUGAAGAAAAGAAAAUAGAAGCCCAAAGCAACACUUCUUAUCAUCCAUUGCUUCAAUUUGAAUUCGCAGCCUUUUCGCUUGAUGAUGAUGAAACAACAGUAGAGAUCAAAGAGUGGGGGGUGUGCCCGACAUCUGCAGUUGAAUAUCAAAAUUACAUCAAACAAAUUCAAUUGGCAUUAUUGCAUUGCAAAUCGGCCUCUCGAAAGCGCAAAUAUCACAGCUUACUUCGAUGA